UCACUGUUGAGUAGACCGCCGUGAACGGGGACGGCGACGGCGACGUGACGGUGAGAGGUCCUCCCAUUUGAUGUGACUGAGGCCUGACGGACUGUGCCUGUGUCUGUUAUGGCUCCUCCUGCUUCAGUAGAACGGGGCAAGACGUAACACCAGUGCAGGGGAACGUGAAUAACACAGCGAUACGUUUUUCAGGAGCCGCGGCUAAAGAUGGCAGAUCGUGCAGUGCUGAAGAAAAAGACAUAGAUGAUGUGCUUGGAGUCGCCUCUUCUGCUGUGAAGGCUUCGACAUUUCUUCAAGAUUAACAACACCCCAAAUGAACUCCGUCAGAGCAAGUAACGUUAGCAGAAGACCUAGGCGAGUCUCGAGGCCGCGCCCGGUGCAGCCGGAGAGGAACCACCAGGAAAGAGAUGAGGACGUUCCUGCAGAUAUGGUCGCAGAAGAAUCCGGUCCAGGAGCUCAGAACAGUCCCUACCAACUUAGAAGAAAGUCUCUACCCAAGAGAACAGUGUGUCCGACAAAGACAAACAUGGAGGGUGCUUCCACUUCAACCACAGAAAACUUUGGACACCGACCUAAGCGCCCCAGAGUUUCAGGAAAGUGUCAAGAUUUACCAGCAGCUCCAGCAGAGCAGUAUUUGCAGGAGAAGCUUCCAGACGAGGUGGUGCUAAAGAUCUUCUCUUACCUGUUGGAGCAGGACUUGUGCCGUGCAGCAUGUGUGUGCAAGCGCUUCAGUGAGCUGGCCAAUGACCCCAUCCUCUGGAAGAGGCUGUACAUGGAAGUUUUUGAAUACACUAGACCCAUGAUGCACCCCGAGGCAGGGAAGUUCUACCAGAUUAACCCAGAAGAGUAUGAGCAGCCAAACCCGUGGAAGGAAAGUUUUCAGCAGCUGUAUAAAGGAGCACAUGUUAAGCCAGGCUUUGCAGAACACUUCUACAGUAAUCCUGCCAGAUACAAAGGGAGAGAUAACAUGUUUUACUAUGACACCAUUGAGGAUGCUCUCGGAGGGGGCCAGGAGCCUCACUUUGACGGCCUGAUAUUCGUCCACUCUGGUAUUUACACAGAUGAAUGGAUCUACAUCGAGUCACCUAUCACAAUGAUCGGAGCAGCUCCUGGAAAAGUAGCAGAGAAAGUCAUCAUUGAGAAUACCAGAGACUCUACGUUUGUAUUCAUGGAAGGCUCUGAAGAUGCUUAUGUUGGAUACAUGACUAUUAGGUUCAAUCCUGAUGAUAAAUCCGCUCAGCACCACAAUGCACACCACUGCUUGGAGAUUACAGUCAACUGCAGCCCCAUCAUCGACCACUGCAUCAUACGCAGCACAUGCACAGUGGGGUCAGCUGUCUGUGUCAGCGGCCAGGGUGCUUGUCCCACAAUCAAGCACUGCAACAUUAGUGACUGUGAAAAUGUUGGUCUUUACAUCACUGACCAUGCACAGGGAAUAUACGAAGACAAUGAGAUCUCAAACAACGCUCUGGCUGGGAUCUGGGUGAAAAACCACGGGAACCCAAUCAUCAGACGUAAUCACAUCCACCAUGGCAGAGACGUGGGUGUCUUUACAUUUGACCACGGCAUGGGUUACUUUGAGAGCUGUAACAUCCAUAGGAAUCGUAUAGCCGGCUUUGAGGUGAAGGCAUACGCCAAUCCAACAGUGGUUCGUUGUGAGAUCCAUCAUGGUCAGACGGGGGGCAUCUACGUGCAUGAAAAGGGCCGUGGCCAGUUCAUCGAGAACAAGAUCUAUGCAAAUAACUUUGCAGGGGUGUGGAUCACCUCUAACAGUGACCCCACAAUAAGGGGCAAUGCCAUUUUUAAUGGCAACCAAGGUGGCGUUUAUAUUUUUGGUGAUGGCCGAGGGCUCAUUGAAGGAAACGACAUCUACGGUAACGCCCUGGCAGGAAUCCAGAUCAGGACAAACAGUUGCCCUAUUGUCAGACACAACAAGAUCCAUGAUGGCCAGCAUGGCGGCAUAUAUGUGCAUGAAAAAGGACAAGGCGUCAUAGAGGAGAACGAGGUGUACAGCAACACGCUGGCAGGAGUGUGGGUGACAACGGGCAGUACGCCAGUACUGAGGAGGAACAGGAUACACAGCGGGAAGCAGGUUGGGGUCUACUUCUAUGACAAUGGCCAUGGUGUGCUGGAAGACAAUGAUAUCUACAAUCACAUGUACUCUGGAGUUCAAAUUAGGACUGGCAGCAAUCCCAAGAUCAGGCGGAACAAGAUCUGGGGAGGCCAGAAUGGAGGCAUUUUGGUUUACAACUCAGGCUUAGGCUUUAUCGAGGACAAUGAGAUCUUUGACAAUGCUAUGGCAGGAGUGUGGAUCAAGACGGACAGCAACCCCACUCUGCGGAGGAAUAAGAUCCAUGAUGGGAGAGACGGUGGCAUCUGUAUAUUCAACGGAGGAAGGGGUCUGUUAGAGGAAAAUGACAUCUUCAGAAAUGCCCAAGCAGGAGUCCUCAUUAGCACCAACAGCCACCCUGUGCUGCGGAAAAACAGGAUAUUUGACGGCUUCGCUGCAGGCAUUGAGAUCACCAAUCAUGCCACAGCGACUCUAGAGGGCAACCAGAUCUUCAACAAUCGCUUUGGGGGAUUGUUUCUUGCAUCUGGUGUCAAUGUUACAAUGAAAGAUAAUAAAAUCAUGAACAAUCAAGAUGCCAUUGAAAAGGCUGUGAGCAGAGGUCAGUGCCUGUACAAGAUUUCAAGUUACACCAGCUACCCAAUGCACGAUUUUUACAGGUGUCACACCUGUAACACAACAGACCGCAACGCCAUCUGUGUGAACUGUAUCAAGAAGUGUCACCAAGGACAUGAUGUGGAGUUCAUCAGACACGAUAGAUUCUUCUGUGACUGUGGUGCAGGGACGCUGUCAAAUCCUUGCACGUUAGCUGGAGAGCCGACUCACGACACAGACACACUGUAUGACUCGGCUCCUCCUAUAGAGUCCAAUACACUGCAGCACAACUGAGCUCGAGAACCGAGGUCCUUUUGUGCUUCAGCAGUAAUGGACAUAAGACACUUUAAGUUGUGCAGUGGAGGAGGAAGUCCAAACUAAAAUACAGAUUCACUUUGACAGAGCAUAUACAGUGACUUAAAAAAAAAGAAAAAAAGAGAGACUUGUACAUGUAUAUGCGAAAAGGAGACAUUUAGGGGAAAAAAAAGUCUCAUUAUGGAUGCCUCGCUUUUUCUUUUUCUUUUAAUUAUUUGACAAAAAAAAGAUGACAUCAGUUGGAGAGAGCAGAAGAGCAGCUGACUCAGGGUUUGUGGGUGUUUGUUUGGUCAAGUAAGCGAAACCGGUGAGAGAUGGGCGGAAAUCCACCGAUGCGCAUCUGCUUUUAAGAAGUGGAAGAACGAGAUACCGCAGUCAUGUACAGACGCUCAGUCAGAAGAGGCACAACCUUUCUCAUGAGGAGGCAAAGGCCCCAAAUACAACAAUGCUUCCAUCUUUGGGCAACAGACGUGCUCGUAUGAUAUGUACGGGAAAAAUGACCUAGCACUUCAGCUUUUUCCCCCCUUCAAGACAACUGUUGAGAUUUGAUUUUAAUGCUUUUUGUGUAGUUUUGUAUUUUCAUGCAAAAAUCUUACUGUACUUGAAUGUCUUUAUUUUAUUAAAUGUGUAAAAUUUUUUGGUUAUUAUACCCUAGAAUUGCUGUAAUUAUACAUGUCGCAGUAUCUAACUUCUUUCUGUGAAAGAGAUCAGAGAAAAGAGAGGAAAACACUAAACAUUUUCUCCAGCAAUGUUGACUCAUUUGCAACACAAAAAUAGAUGCUGAAAAUUUGCUUUCAUAAGACUUGUAUAGCUUUUUCUGUUUGGAAUAGCAUCAUAAGUGUUUCUUUGUAAAGGGGCUGAACAGUUGUGAUAUUUCAGUGUUUUACAUAAUCUAUGCAUAUUUUGUUUGUAUUAGCCUGUCACACAAGACCCAACUUACAGGAAGGACAAAUAAAGAUAUGGGGCGAAAAAGCAUUUUUACUCAAGGCUGCAGUUUGUUCAGCCAGAUGAACCCAUGAUGUUCUGAAUAAGAUACAGCCUCUACUUAUUUACCAAAUGAAAAAAAACCACAUUGCUGGUUGGGGUAUUAUAAUGCAUCUGUUAGGAAAUUAGGAUGGUUGUACUAUCUGUGGUACAUUAACAAACUGUCAUUGAUUUAUCAAUUAAGUAGAUUAUAUAAUCUCUAUACAGCUUGCCCUGUAUUGGAAUCACUGUAGUUCUCUUCAUUAACAAAUGCUGCUUCUUGGCCUGUUAGAUACACAAUUCUUUUUUAGAUGACAGACUCACUUUGAUUAGGUCCAAGAUAAAAGACAAGUCUUGUGAAAGCACUGCUAAUUUUGAUGUGUUUUCCCCUUGUUUGCCAAUGUUGCUGGAGAAGUUAAAAGGCUUUUUCUCUACUGAAGCUGAGACAAGUACUUAUAUACAGCGCUAUAUGGUUUCAUUGCCCCCCCAUUCAUGUGUACUGGUGAUUGUGGGUUCUCAUACAGACUGAAAUGUAUGCAUGUAUCAUAACAUCUAGACUUAAUAUAUUGUGAAGUAUUCAAUAACCGUUAUGUAGGCGCUAGCGUGAAUUAAAAGGGUUUAAUUUCCUAGAUGAAACAUUGUCCUUUUUUAAAAAUAAACUUUAUUAGAUCA